CCUCAGACUCUCUGUCAUCCUCAGACACUCUCUCUCUGUCAUCCUCAGACUCUCUCUCUCUGUCAUCCUCAGACUCUCUGUCAUCCUCAGACUCUCUGAAGCACAACGCUCAAAGCAGUAAUAUGGCAGCUCUUCUCUUCAUUGCAACAAUCUGCUUGGGCUAUGCAGCAGCAUUCUCAGAGGUACCCGUGGACUGCUGUCUGUCAACCACUGACAUCCGUUUCCCUCGCCACUUUAAGAUGGUCUCCUACCUGCUGCAGACUACAGACAGAGGCUGUGACAUCGAUGCCACUGUGUUUAUCACCAAGACAGGGGCGAGACUGUGCUCGCCCCAUCCCGCAGAGAGCAAGUGGGUGGCAGACUACGUGAAACGUCUGGAGCGAACCAUCUCCCCCCGGAGAGCACACUCACCUCAGGAGUAAAGGAGCAGAGUAAGACCAGGAGAGGAGACGUGGAGGCGUGGAGGUCCCUCAUAUGAUGACCACAGCAGAGUAAGACCAGGAGAGGAGACGUGGAGGAGUGGAGGUCCCUCACAUGAUGACCACAGCAGAGUAAGACCAGGAGAGGAGACGUGGAGGAGUGGAGGAGACAUUUAUUUAAACCUUUUUUAACUGAAGAGUCGUCCUAGAGACUGUAGUAGACCAAAUCGUUUUUACAAAAUACUGUACAAGAAACCCUUGUGAAUAUUGCAUACUGUAAAUUCAUAUCAUAGCAAAACCAUUUCCCAUCAAUAUAUUUAGAGAUGUGUUAGAUUGGUUUUGUAAAAUGUUAUAUUCAAAUUGUACAAUUUGUUAAUAUGGUUUGGUGGGUGGAUUAGAGAAAAUGUUGACGUGAAUGUCAGCUGUCAUGAAAAUGUAUAUUUCAAAUGAAUAUUUCCAAUAAAAUAUAGUUUUCUGUAAAA